AUGGGACCCUCCAAAAAGGAUGAGUCUGUACAGACCCAUUCCUGUGCGGAGUGUUUCAGCUUAUCAGUGUUCUCAGGGGGUGUUGAGAAGGAAACCUGCCUGCGGUGUGAACAGGUGAAUGAUCUCCUUUCAAUGGUGACUGAACUUAGAGAGGAAGUUGAAAGACUAAGGAGUAUCAGGGAAAGUGAAAGGGAAAUAGAUUGGUGGAGCUCAGCCCUCCUGUCCAUGAGGGAGGCCCACCAAGAGCCAGAGGGCUCCUAUGCCUCCCAUUGUCAGGCAAUAGAAGGACACCUGGUGGAGGAAGGGGAGUGGGAAUGGGUCCCUGCUUGGGGAGGUAAUAAUAAAAAUUCCUCCAGACCACCAUCCCCUAGCCAGGAGCAGGGAAGUCAUUCUUCCCCUGUCCUGGGCACUGGUGAGGCCACACCUCGAGUGCUGUGUCCAGUUCUGGCCCCUCAGUUCAGGAAGGACAUUGAGACCCUUGAGCACAUCCAGAGGACAGCAAGGCUGGUGAGGGGCUGGGAACACAAACCCUGUGAGGAAUGGCUGAGGGAGCUGGGGGUGUUUAGCCUGGAGAAAAGGAGACUCAGAGGUGACCUAAUCACUCUCCACAACUUCCUGAGAGGUGGCUGUAGUCAGGUGGGGGUCGGUCUUUUUCUCUGGGCAACAACUGACAGAAUGAGAGGCGGUCUCAAGAUGUGCCAAGGAAAAUAUAGGUUGGAUAUUAGGAAGAAGUUUUUCACAGAGAGAGUAAUAAAGUACUGGAAUAGCCUGCCUGGGGAAAUGGUGGAGUCACCAUCCCUGGAUGUGUUUAAAACACUGGAUGUGGCACUCAGUGCCAUGGUUUAG